AUGGAUUUGGAAACAGCACGUGCCAAUUAUCCAAACAGACUAGAGAGGUUAGAAGAAGAACGUCUUAUGGACAUGCCUUUCGAUGUUAGUGAACCUCAAGUUGAAGGACACGACGGCUUUGCCAGAUUCUACUGGAAACAUGACGAACAAUUGCAUCCUUUGAGAAGGAAAAAAGGAAAAGGUGAAGACGCACAUGCUCCCAUGGAAAGAACAAGAUAUGCAAAUGAGAAGUACCGUGAAGUUAGAAGUCAAAUUACUUCUGGUCGAACCUUUACAGUAAACUUUGACGAAGGAAAGAACAAAGAAGGCUUCAUGGGUGUACUUGCUGCAAUUCAAGACGGAAAUAGGAAAGGACACAAUCUCAGAUUGACCAUAACAGAUUUGGAUGGUCACAUUUACUAUGCACAUGGCAAUGAACAAACAGCCGCAAAACUUCUUGACGCUUUCAAGACUACAAAGAGAGAACAAAUGGUUGACUCCGACUCAGACAUUUUGAAUGCAAUUGAAGGAAUUGCAAGUGUCAAGUUCGAAUGGUACCAACCUAACCCUCAAGCAGUCAGACAACAUGCUGGAUACUUCCCGUUCAUAAAUAAGUCUGACAUUGACUUGACAAGGUAUGGAAUUUACAAUUCAAUUGA